UUGGUCAACGAAACGGUUGAUAAAAUCUCCAAUUUAAAAGUGUGAAAUAAAACAGUUGACUUGAUUUUGAAAUAUUUUUUUGAAUUUGAAAUCAAAUAAGAAAGGAAAAAAAAAUAUGAAACUGUAGUAAAAGUGCACACAAAAAGAGUCAGUUUAUAAUAAUAGUAAAAGUGUUGAGACUUUUUUCGUGAUCUUUGGACAAACUAAAGAGUUAUUGAAAAAUGGAAACCACAGUUAUAACAACCACAACAACAACAACCACAGCCGAAUUAAAACGCAAUGGGCGCAACAAUAAAAAGAAAAACCUCGAUGGUCAAUUAACUGCAGACUCGACCACGGACACCUCGCAUCAGUUUCCGGCCAAUGAGGAGCCGAAUGUUCUUGGACAUGGCCCAGAUUUUGAUGACAAACACUCCACAUUCAAAUGGCUGUGCAACUUCGAUGAUGCGCCAACCCAUUUGAAAUUUAAUCCGUACAUUCGUCGCGGAUAUCGCACAUUCCUCUCCAACAAGUUGUGCCUGCAGAGCAUAUUCUGGUGGACCAAUGAGACGAUCAACAUCUGGAGCCAUUUGGCUGGCUGUAUUCUCUUUAUUGGAUUGACGAUCUUUGACUUGCAAUUUCUACGCGAACAUGCGGAAUUCAGUGAUCAAGUGCUCGUCGUCUGUUUGCUCGUCUGCUUCUGUCUGUGCAUGCUACUCUCGGCUAUCUAUCACAUCUUCUCCUGUAAAUCGGAGGAACACUAUGAACUAUUUCUAUCUGUGGACUUUCUGGGCAUAUCCUUAUCCCUAGUGGCGAUCUAUAUCAGCGGCAUGUAUUACGCCUUUUGGUGUCAUACGUUCCUGCGAACUCUGUACUCGACCAUUGCCCUGGGCAUGUUUGGCUUGGCCAUCGCUGUGCAGAUUCCUCAGCUGAAUGUCUCCAUGAAUGGCAAAGUUGCUGUGUUGUUGCUGUGGUCAGCCUAUGGCAUUCUUCCGCUGGGACAUUGGGCCUAUGCAAUGGGUGGAUUGGAGCAUGAACUGGUUGGAUUGAUGGUGCCACGCAUUGUCAUCAUGUAUGCGCUCUGUCUGGUGGCAUUUGUGUUUUAUGCCGCCAAGAUUCCAGAGCGUUGGCUCAAUGGCAAAGUCGAUUUUGUUGGACAUUCGCACAACUGGUGGCAUCUGAUCAUUGUGGCCGCCUUCUAUCAUUGGCACAACACGGGCAUUGUCUAUGCCGAGUAUCGCUUAAACAACAGUUGCAGUGGGCCGGUGCUAGCUUAGGCAAAAAGGAUAAACGGACAUCGCUUUGUUAGCACCAUGUGUAAAUAGUUUAGCAUUAACUAAUAUUUAGUUUAGUAGCUGUUGAGCAAUAUUGUUAAUUUAUGUACAUUCAAAUAUCCACAAAACACAAAAACACACUCACAACACACACACAAAGACACAUACAGACAUGCUAUUAUGUAGUUAGGGUUCUUUCUGUUAGUCUACUUAUUACGAUUAUUGGAUGGACUAUG